AUGACGUCAUCGGCGACACCGAUCGCGAUGCGCAACAAUUCGUAUUCGAUGGGCGACGCGACGCCAGUGGGCGCCACGGUCGUCGUCGGCGUGUUCGUGCUGCUGGUGGCGCUCUCUGGCGUCGUCGCUAACACGUGCGUUCUUAUCUCGUUCAUCGCCGACAAGAAGCUGCGCAAGGUGCAUCACGUGUACACCGCCAACCAAUCAGCGGCCGAGCUGGCGCUGUCGCUGCUCGUCACGCCUCUAGCCUUCCUGCUGCCGACGUGCACGGGCGGAUGGAUACAACCGGAAGCGUUGUGCACCGGCUGGCUGUGCGUCGCCGCGACGGUGCUGCUAGCUUCGCACCUGGCGUUCGUGCUCGUGUCACGUGACCGCUGUCUUACGGCGUUCUAUCACACGGACGCGCAGCGCGACAAGGAGGCGCUGCGUAAAGUGCUGCGCUACGUCGGCGCCACCUGGUUGCUGUCGGCCGCACUAAUCACGUCGUUCGUCGUCGCGUGGCACCAUCUGGCAGUCGUCGAGCUGCCGCGCGUCACCUGUCGGCCAGAGUUUCUCGGCGACGCUGCGUUCAUGUACGUCGUGACGCUGACGGAGGCCGGCGUCGUCGGCGCAGCCGUGACGCACUACACGCGACGCACGUUCCAGAACGUCGUCGCGCGCCAGAAGACGUUCGCCGACUCGAACAUCAGUGACGACGCAGAUCGCUGGCUGACACGUGACAAGACGAUGACGAAGGCGCUCGUCGUCGGCGCGUCGUGCCUCGGCGCGCUGUGGCUCCCCCUACUGGUCAUGAUGCUCAUCAGCCCGCUGUGCGGCGACUGCGUGCCGCCGCUCGCCUACCUGCUCGCGCUGUCGCUAUACAACGUCCGCUCGACGGUGGCGCCACUGUGCUUCGCGCGCGAGGACGAGCGACUGAAGCUGAACGUGAAGAAAUUGCUCUGCUUCUGGCGACGCAGCGAGGUCGCACCUCUCCUCCAGGUGGCGCCAUGA